AUGUCGGCCGACCCCGUGGGUGCUGCCAUCGCGCUCGCUGGGGUUCCCGAUGAGCCUGCCUCGCUCCACUCGAGCGCGCUGCGUCCCUCCAUAGACUCGAGUGCAGGCAAUGCAUCGAAAGCAAAGGCUAGCUCCGACAGCAUCCCACUCCCAGAGGAAGAUCAGGACGAAGACGACUUUGUGGUGUUCGAGGACCGCAACACCCUCCCUGCCCCUCACCUCGCACGAGGCGAGCCGGACGACGUCGCAGCCUCGCAAGACGACUUGCGGCGCCCUUCAGAAGAAGAUCAAGCAGGCUCAAACUUCAAAGCGCUCGCCAGAGCGAGCGUUGAAAGCUUAUCGUUUGGAUACCGCGAUCACCUGCUGCCGCUCAGUCUUAGUGGAGGUGCAGACGACACUUUUGCUAGCGACUAUGGAGACGUGGAAUCAUCGGUCUCUGCGGCUGGUGCCUCGGGACCGGGCAGAAGGAAUGCUUCGCGGUCGCGGUCGAGACGGCAUACGCGCAACUAUUCGCGCGACCGGGUGGCCGAGCGCAGAGUGACGCUCAUCGACGGCAUUGCGCUCACCAUUGGCGUUCAGAUCGGCUCGGGCAUCUUCUCAUCUCCAGGCGUCGUCACGCUCAACACUGGCAGCAUCGGCGCAUCGAUCGUCAUCUGGCUGCUCUCGGGUCUGCUCGCAUGGAGCGGAGCCUCUUCGUUUGCCGAGCUCGGUGCGUCGAUCCCACUCAAUGGCGGCUCGCAGGCGUACCUCAACUACUCGUUUGGCCCGCUCUCGGCGUUCCUGUACACGUGGUCGGCGCUGACGGCGCUCAAGCCCGGUGCGGGUGCGAUCAUCGCCACGAUCUUUGGCGAGUAUGUGGCGCGCAUCCUCUUCCACGCCACGGGCAAGGCGACCGACCACCCGCACGAGACUGGGCUCGACGGCAUCCCCGGCUGGUCGAUCAAGCUGCUUGCGAUAGCGAUCGCAGCGUUGAUCACGGCGGCGCACGCAUUCUCCAACAAGCUCGGCACGCGCACGCAGAUCGCCACCACCGUCGUCAAGCUGCUUGCGCUCACGGCAGUGCCCAUCUUGGCGAUCGUGCAGGCGGCGCGGGGAAAGACAUCGCCCAGCUCGCAGCAGGCGUUUUCGAGCCUGGCCAACCUGUUCGAGGGCAGUGCUACGUCGCCAUCGUCGUAUGCCUUGGCGCUGUACAGCGGGCUGUGGGCGUUUGAUGGGUGGGACCAGUCGUGCUUUGUGGCGGGAGAGAUGAAGCGCGUCGAAAAGGAUCUUCCGCGCGUGAUUCACAUCAGCCUGGCGACGGUGAUCUUGAUCUUCCUGUCGGCGGUGGUGUCGUACUUUGUGGUGCUGCCGGCGGAGCUGGUGAAGCGCACCAAUACGGUGGCGCUCGACUUUGGCAGUGCGAUCUUUGGCACGGUGGGCGGGAUUGUGUUUGCGUUCCUCGUGGCGUUUUCGUGCUUCGGGGCGCUCAAUGGGCAAAUCUACACCACGGCUCGGCUCAUCAUGGCCGCUUCGCGCGAGGGAUACCUACCGGAGAAGUUGGGCGAGGUUAAUCGACGCACGGGCACGCCCGUAGCAGCAUUGGCGCUGCAGCUCGUGCUGAUUGCGGCAUUUGUGCUGUUCGGAAGUGGGUUUGCAUCGCUCGUCAACUUUUACGGCGUCUGCAGCUGGGCAUUCUACCUGGCGUCGGUAUUGGGUCUGUUGGUGCUCAGGAUCAAAGAGCCCAACUUGGUGCGACCGUACAAGACGUUUUUGGGAACGCCGAUUCUGUUUGCAGCGGUCGCACUAUUUUUGCUGCUCAUGCCGAUAGGGAGUGCUCCGCUAGAGGGUCUGGCUGCACUGCUGUUCAUUGCGGCAGGCGUGCCGGUCUAUUACCUCACACAGGCCAGUGCAGGUUGGACCACCAGCAAUCCGAUCCUGGCCAAGCUCAGGGCGAGAAUGGGUGGCAACCGCGCCGGAGAUGUGUACGACGGAAGGGGUCAGCAUGUGCCGCUAGCCACCUCGGAUGGAAACGACGUGAAUGACGACGAGGAACACAUAGAAAUGCUGCCCUCGUCGCCCGAACCCAAGCGCGACUCACUUUGA